AUGUCUUUACCAGGAAAUACGACUAUUGAGUUGGUUUCCGAGGAUGGCCCUAUUGAUUUUAAUGUUAUGAUGCGAGAAGGUGUCAAGGCGCUAACUAAGAUUCUGACAGACCAUCUUCAAGACCACCCAGAUUUCUUAGAGCAGCAGUCGAUGAAGCUGGUUUUCAAAGACGAUGGAGGGAAGAUUGAGCCUCUUUUGACUGACAAGGACGACACUAAGAGUAUUAGAAAUGAGGAUAUGCAUGAUGAUCGUAAAGAUAAAAUCGGACACAGUGAUAGUUUUAUCGCCGAUGAGGAAACUAAUGCAUCUUCUAAUAUAUCCCCAUUACCAAGCAUUGAAGUCAGUAUAGGUGACUGUUCUGCUAGUGAUUCUGAAGAUGAUGAGGGCCGCGAACAUGUGGAUAAUGGGAGCUCCCAAAGCAAUGAAACUGAACUCGUCGAGGGAUUGCCAGAGUCGGAAGUUGAAGAGGUACUAUUCGACUAUGAACAUAGAGAUUUAUCAUCACUGCCUGGCGAUAUCGGACAAGACAUACAAAAACUUAUAUCAUCAUCCAUUCAUAGCGGCGCAUCUCAAACAACGCAGGCGGUGCAUAGUGUCUCUGACUUAAACUCGUCUGCAAGCACUAAGAGUGGAAAAUUAAAUAAGGACUCAAAUAUCACCUCUGAGCAUCGUCACAAGCAUGACAGUAAGCGUCCUUUUCAUGCUGAAAACUGCAAGAAAAGUCACCAUCAUGAAAGUUUCAAUUAUUCACAUAACCCCAAGCAUAAACCAGAUUUCGGAAGUCUCGCUGCCUAUGAUAAGCCUCUUUGCAUCUUCUGCGAAUACUACUUUGUAUUCGGUGAGGCACCCAAAAACAUGAUCAAGUGGUAUUAUAGAACACAUGGGAAAGACGGUCCUCAGUGCCCUAGCUACGCUGAAGACCAAAAGGGGCACAAAAGUUAA